CAUUAACAAAUUGUCCUACGCAAGCUCGUCCUGUACUACUCGGUCCGGAGAAAUAUGCUUGAAGCUGACCCAACUUCUUGACGUCUGAAAAUCAAUAAAGUGAGACUGAGAGACAAGAUGCAUGUCAUACGCAUUUUUAUAUAUGUAUGUUGUGGAGCGUGCGCGUGGUAGUGAAUAAGAAAAUUAUAGAACUACUUCGAGCGCCAUCGAAAGGCCAGCGAAUAAAGUAUUCAAGAACAUGAUGACGAGAGAGUACAUCUAAAGAUGACGGCACGACUUCUUCCCUCUGCCGCUCGCACGGCGUUGUUUGCGUAUGUGGGAUUGCGAUUAUCUGGCACACUCCUUCACUUCGGCGAUAAUAUCCUUCAUCUGACAUCGCGGAUAUUGAUUCCAUGGGAAUGGGAGCACGUGGGACUCGAAAAUUAUGCUGCCGAGAGGGAAGUACAAGUAGGACGAGCAUGGGAACCCCGAAUCGACCCCGAUCUUCAUUCCGAUCCAGCAUUGUCGUGUUCAGCGUCGGGGCGAGAAGGUCAUAUGUUGUCGAACACUGGCGGCGACAAUCAAGACGCACGUCAGAGGACUUGCGCAACGGACGUAUCAUCUGCAAUCCGGACAAGGUCGAGUUCCCCGUCAAAGAACGUCGCUAAAUUAGCCAGUAUAGUGACACGACCUGGACCUCGUGAAAGUUUCUUUGCUUUCGCUCAACCGCCACCUGCUCCAACCUCGCUGGAGCGAUUGCAGCAGCAACAAGCGCUGCUGAGCACUAGAGACCCCUAUGUGGAGACUUUAGCAGGCCUGGUCCAACAAGGUUCUUGGAUGAUUGGCGCUAGUGGGUGGGCAGAGUUGGGGAGUCUCUUUACAAAUGCUGGCACUGGCAUAGGAAUCGUUCUGGGUUUGGGACCCGAUGCAAAUUGGGCCCGACAAUUCCUUCAGCAAUGGAAAAAUGGCGUACUGUACUUGUGCGAUCCGUUCAUUCACAUCUUUUUAUGGAGUGAAGGCCUCCUGGACGAAGUCUAAUCACGAUCGGUCUGUACUGUAGUGUUGACGGCCAACUUUUUCCUCUAGUCGAACAACAGGAACAGAUGAAUUUGAAUAGGAGGGGAAACGCCGACGACUUCUAGACUGGGUAUUUGUAGAAGGUCUACUGUCCCUAUUGAUCGCCACCCUUCCUAAUACUCAAUGGCUACGAUGACCCUGAGUUUAACGUCGACGAUCGAACGCAUCAGAUAAACUACGAGAACAUUCGGGUUACCCUGAUGCAAGACACGACAAUACAAGGCCGAUAUAGUAUGGUACUUCUAAUAAGUACGUAGUCCUCGGUCGUUUUCGGAAGGAUCUUUGAUGGCUCUGCGAGUAAGCAUGAUGAAGAGAUCAAAUCAAUGCUCCUGCAGGUGCAGCAGAUAUAAUACCUGGUGAGCAUCUUUUUUCUACGGUGUCUUAGAAGCAAACUCCGUCUGCGUCGACCACACAGCAUCAUCAUGUUCAUGCCUUCUCGACCUUGAACCAAGGUGCGGGAAUUUAGUUUCAGCUUCUUCCGGUUAUGGAUGAAGCAGGAUCCGCGAUACGAGUUUGGGGAUAUACCACCUCGAUUGGUUUUCGUCGAUAACAAUCCGGGGAAAGAUGCAGUAUUGCGGGAUAUGACCGACUGGUGGGAAAUACUUUUGCCUGGUGGGGUCAUGGCUGGAGCACGCGCGGGACAUCCAGGUGUAAGAGAAGCGGUGGAAACAUUCGCGAAGAGUUAUGAUUUUUCUUGAACUUUUUAUAAAUAUUUAUUUUCAUCAUUAGAGAGUACGAGAACUAGCACAACGGGUUGUGUCGAGAUAUUGAUGAAGUGAUGGAAACCACAACACGGAACGAUCAGCGAAGCAUCUCUUGUUUUGACUUUGUCUUCCGCCUCUAAACAAAAAACAACUUGGAGCCGAUGCUAGUGCUAGAGCCGGGAGAUGUCGGCUGGAUGCUGCUGAAAGCAAACGACGACGCAGCCAACGAAGAAUACAUCCGGAGGCAGCAAGAAUGGAGCACCAAAGCGAAAAAAGCUCUCGAGGACGAGCGCGCGAAAGAAGAGAAGGAAAAGGCCGCACUUGGUCAACAACAAAGCGCUCCACCACCAGAAGGCCGGCGAGGUGGAGAACUCUAGACAGAUGGGGGGCUAAGUGGACUCUAAUCAGAGAUUUGUGAUCAGGAGAGGGAAAGUUCAAUUUGCUUCCCAGUACAACUGCAAGAACAGCCAUUUUUCUAUUCCUUUGAUAGCCAAUUCACGAUCAACGGGAAAACGAAAUAAUGUUUUUGGCAAAGUGGUCUGCGACCUGCUCCUGCAGCUGCUUCACACCUCCCACGUCGUCGGGAAGAUCCAACAAAAUAACUUCUAUUACAAGAGAGCGCAGGCGCGCAUCUAGAUGCGACCCCUCGAAGAUGAGAUGAAGAGAUGCGGAAGAGACAUAUGGCAGUUGG